AUGUGUAAAAAGCUGGAUUACCCUUUUGGUCAGACUUCCCCCAGGAAUUUUCGUUUUGCAGAGAUUUUGGUGAAACAUUUGGUUGACUCUAAUGCUAUUGGACCACUACCACUCUCUGUUGAUCCUGAGUGGCCAGCCCAUUUUUGGUUGGUACCCACCUUUGAGCCUUACCUCCUUUCUGACUUCAUGCACUCUGUUCUUUUUGUCAUAUAUGCAGAUAUGUGCAAAAACGUCGGAGAGAAAGGUUCGACACAGCUUCCCAACCACAUUCAAGACGAGUGUUCAUCUACAACACUGAGAAUGGGAAGUGAUGGUGGAGUAUGGAGCCUGAAUCGAUCGAACUGA